CCCACACUUACGGGUCCAGAUAAUCCGAUUCUAGCUCACUACGGUGUGCAGUAGCGACAUCGGGCGCUUUAUUCAAUCCAGAACUCUUGUCUUUUUUUUAGCAGCUCUUGCAGGUUCAUCAACCUAUCAGAUCGCACUCCGAAAGGUCGCACCUCCGCCAGGGGGUGCGAAGUGCCCUGCCUGAUACACUAUGGUUUACGAUUGGGAUGGAAAGCGGGAGAUAUGUUAUCAGAUGUACAUCACAGAUAAGAAGGCCCUGGAGGAAAUCAUGGAAUACAUGAAGAAUGUACAUCAGUUCGCACCGAGUAAACGUGCGUUCCAAACACAGUUUAAGCGGUGGGGAUUUCCUUCAAAGCAGAAUCCAGCACACAAGAAUAGAAAACUUGUUUCCCGAGUGAAAGAGUUGUGGGAGAAAAACACUAGCCAACGUGAAAUGCUUCAGAUAUUAAACCAAGAAGGAUUUCAAAUCAAAGAAAGGGAGCUUAUGCGUGUCCGUGCAAAAAACCGCUGGUUGCUUCGGGUUCCCAAUGGAAUGAAAACACAGUCAAAUUCGCAGGUUCCAGGUCAGAUGCCAGAUGAUGAUAGUUUCCUUGCUUUGCAACAGGAAGUAUUCACAAGCUCAACACCAUUCGAUGACAACGAACACCCCCCUACUGACCCAGGUUUAUCGCAAUUAUCUCCUCCCGACCUAUCCCCGGAUACAUUGUUGAGGCGUAAAGAAAGACUCGACCGACUCAAGACCGAGAGUGCUGAACGUUGGGCUACUCGGAAACGUCGUCGCCGCACUCGUGGAUGGGCAGGGUUGCCGGCCGACCCUCCUGGCCCACCUCGUUUCCCGUCUGAGACCACGAUCGACGAGAGUAAAAGUUACCUCAAUUUGGACAACACCAUGUACCGUCACAUCAGAGACCAGUUCCAAAGAAUCUGUGAAGAUGCUGGUUUUAUCAAGAAAACAGUUGCUGGACCAGAGCGAUGGCAAGAAGCCAAAAAAAAGCUGAUUCAAGAAUCUCGCCAUCUCCAACAUGUCUUUUGGGAUGACGCCACCCAACUUGACGCGAAGGCACUUGCCCUUGAUGUUGUUUGCACUGACGUUACCAAGCGGAUGAGGACAUUGGAAAGACGAAUGACAAUUGCUGAGGCUAAGAAUGCACUUGGAAUCAAUCCGGAAGAAAGUCGCCAGAUACGGAACGCAUUCUACCAUACUCUAAAGGCUGACCAUUUUACGAGCAAGCUGGAGGCCGGCGAUGAGCAUUGGAAUGAUUUGAAGGAGCAGUGGGUCAUGAACUCCGAACUUCUUCAGCGAAUCCUUGCACCAGGCGCGGAGGCCUCUGAUUACCCUACCAAAAUGAAGGCAAUUGAGGUGCUUUGUCGGGAUGUUAUGAAGCGACUUCGCGAUGAUCAGACUAAAAGGGAUGCAUCCCGCAAAAAUUCUGCUUCUCAUAUUCAGAUACAGAGCCCUGAAACGUCGAGCUCUCAAAUUGGUGGCACGUAUUCCAAUGGAAUUAGCACCCUUGCUUCACAGGCGCUCGCCAGUGCUUCUGCAGCUUCUAGUGAUUUUGGUGAAAUACAGAUAGAUCCAUCGCUACUCCAAGCUGCUAACAAUCCUUCAUUCGCCAUGUCCAUCCGCCAGGAUAAUUCCGAAAACCCAUGAAAAUUUGCUGAUGUGAUGCU